AUGGCUAGGGCUUCUAACUACGAGGUCAAUGUCAAGCCACAUGCAGACAUGAUGGACUCAUUCUCACAUGCGUCUAACGCAACAGGAUUCAAACGGAAGGAUAUGGUGCGGCUGUUGAGGGGCAGUAAGUCGGUGGCCACGGCUGCGCCUAUGAUCACGCCUUACAUCAUCGCAAGCCCAGGAGGUUACGAAAGGUGCGUCAAGCAGAUUGGAGCAAAAUGA